AUGGCGUCGGGCAACCCUUCUCACAACCCCGCCUCCUUCCAUCCAACCUCGCUCCGGAAGGCAAUCAACGAGGAACACGUACUCCUGAAGCGAGGCAUCGUCGUCGGUGACCUACUGGGCGAGGGGUCCUACGCCUGCGUCUAUUCGGGCUUCCUCGAGAAGGAGAGGAUCAAAUGCGCCAUCAAAGUCAUCAACAAGAGGAAAGCUCCAAAGGAUUUCCUGCAGAGGUUCCUCCCGCGAGAGCUGGAGAUUCUUAAGACCAUAAAACACCCGAACGUCAUCCGGUGUCACGAGAUCGUAGAUGUUGGUCCCAAGGUUUACAUUACGAUGGAACUUGCCGGCCACGGGGACCUGCUAGAGUACAUCAAGCUACGUGGGGCACUGGCUGAGGGCAAGGCGAGGGACUUCUUCGGGCAAGUCGUCUCCGGGAUGACUUAUCUUCACAAUAAGAACAUCGUCCAUCGUGACCUCAAGUGUGAAAACCUCCUUCUGGACGGGAGCAAUAAGAUUAAGAUUACCGACUUUGGCUUCUCUCGUAAGAUUCUCAAGAGUGAUCUCAGCAAGACGUUCUGUGGGAGUGCUGCCUACGCGGCACCAGAAAUCCUUCAAGGAAAGCCAUACCAAGCCUUCCUGUACGACAUCUGGAGCAUGGGAAUAAUCCUAUACAUCAUGGUGUGUGGCUCAAUGCCUUACGACGACUCCAACGUCAAACGCAUGGUCAGGGACCAGACGGAGAAGAAGCUGGGAUUCUCCCGCUCAAAGCAGCUCACCCUCGAUUGCAAAGAUCUCAUCCUGAAGAUGCUGACCCCUGACCCCAUGAGGCGAGCCACAAUGCACUACAUUCACCGUCACCUAUGGAUGACGGGACAUGACGAAAUCAAACAGAGACCUGCUGAUGAGGCGGGGGCAAAACUUGACUCUGAACCGGUGGAGUCCCCACCCGAGGGCAGACCCAUCGUGGAUGAGGAACAUCCGUCCGUCGGUUUCAAUAAGGUGUCCUCAUCAGAAAUGGAAAUACCAGGUUUUAGCAAGUACCCAAGAGAAAACCAUGACGACACUGAAAAACAGCCGAAGCCCCAUCCGCAGAAAAACGUGCGUCGCCCUUACAGCCCUAAUUUCGUCCCUAUCUAA